UCCCUCUUCCCCAGCUCCCUGUAGCGCGGGUUCCGCUCCUCCCCCGGAGCCCCGCCCCCGACGCCUGGCGCUCCGCCCCGCCCCCGCCCGGCUCCCUGCCCCGCCCCGCCCGCCGUCCGCCGCUUGCUUUCCAGCGCCGUCUGCGCUCCGGAGCGCUGGCUCUGCUGGCGCUGAGAAAUGGACCAAUUUUGACAAGAUAUAGUGCUGCAGCGUGCCUGAUGGGAUAUAUUCAGUCAUGGCAUCCGAACUUUGUAAGACGAUCUCUGUGGCAAGGCUGGAAAAGCACAAGAAUUUGUUCUUAAAUUAUAGGAAUCUGCACCAUUUUCCAUUGGAGUUACUGAAAGAUGAGGGACUGCAGUACUUGGAGAGACUCUAUAUGAAAAGGAACUCCCUGACAUCCUUGCCAGAAAACCUUGCUCAGAAGCUUCCAAACCUUGUGGAACUAUACCUGCACUCAAAUAACAUAGUUGUGGUUCCAGAAGCCAUUGGGUCUCUCGUAAAACUCCAGUGUCUGGAUCUUAGUGACAAUGCCUUAGAAAUUGUUUGCCCAGAAAUUGGUCGUCUGAGAGCUUUACGUCAUCUUCGAUUAGCUAAUAACCAACUGCAAUUCCUACCUCCAGAGGUUGGCGAUUUGAAGGAGCUGCAGACACUAGACAUUUCUACCAAUCGUUUGCUAACUUUACCCGAGAGGCUUCACAUGUGCCUUUCUCUGCAGUACCUCACUGUGGACCGAAAUCGUCUAUGGUAUGUGCCGCGCCAUCUCUGCCAGCUGCCCAGCCUCAAUGAGCUCUCCAUGGCUGGAAACCGUCUUGCAUUUUUGCCACUUGAUUUAGGUCGAUCUCGAGAACUACAAUAUGUAUACGUGGAUAACAACAUUCACCUGAAAGGCUUGCCAUCUUACCUAUACAAUAAAGUCAUCGGGUGCAGUGGCUGUGGUGCUCCCAUUCAAGUUUCCGAGGUGAAGCUGCUUUCCUUUUCAUCAGGGCAGCGAACCGUUUUCCUCCCAGCUGAGGUGAAGGCCAUAGGGACAGAGAAUGAUCACGUCCUCCCUCUGCAGGAAUUGGCCAUGAGAAGUCUGUAUCAUACCUACCACAGCUUGCUGAAAGAUUUGAACUUUCUGUCUCCAAUCUCAUUACCCAGAAGUCUCCUGGAGCUGCUGCACUGCCCUCUGGGGCACUGUCAUCGGUGUAGUGAGCCUAUGUUUACCAUCGUCUACCCCAAGCUCUUUCCCCUGAGAGAGACGCCAAUGGCAGGGCUGCACCAGUGGAAGACAACUGUUAGUUUUGUGGCUUACUGCUGCUCCACCCAGUGUCUGCAGACUUUUGACCUGCUGAGUUGAUAAACACUCAAGAACCUCAGGAGCGCUGCCAGCUUGACGCUGGGGAAUCCAGCCAGUCCAGCACACUCUUCCAUCCUAUCCUGUCCAAUGCGGGGGCACUGCAGAACUCUCUGGAAGUGUCAUGAUUGAGCUUCAGAGCUGAAAUGCCUUCACCCUUCCCCCAAGUUGGAAUAUAUCCUCCCCCACAUUAAGGACCCGUUUGUCUUC